AUGCCAUCCGAUUCUACGCACCGCGAACCCGUACGAGGAUCGAGAGAAAUAGACAUCCGGGCAAUCGGCUGGCAAGGUGUUCCGCUGCAGUCGUCGCGACUUCAAUUAGAUACUGGGAAUGAGUAUGUGAACUACCGCCGCAAAUUCUGGCAGUUGUGGUUACCAACGAACCAGCCAGCCCCACCCUCUGCUUCACUGGAGGAUGCAGAACUAAUACCACUCGCCAGUGCUUCCCUCUUUUCUCGCCUGACAUAUUCCUGGGUCACGGACUUGAUGGUUCUCGGUUACCAGCGCACUCUCCAAGCCUCAGACUUGUAUAAACUUGAUCCAUCACGUGAAGUUGGUCCUCUCGUGGAGAAGCUUGAAGCUGCGUGGUUCAAGCGUGUCAAGGCAGCAACAGAUUGGAAUGUCAGGCUAGAGAAAGGCGAAAUACACCCUUCCGUUUUAAGGCGCCUAGUGUGGGCAAUCACUGCGAUCCCUUCCGAAAUGGACCGUAAACAUGGGUCAGAGAAACGGAACUACUCGGAGAGACGAGCAGCUCUGGAGAAACAUUGGAAAGACGUGGAUGGGAAGAAAGCAGCAAGCCUUGCAUGGGCACUCAACGAUGUAUUCGGGUGGUCGUUCUGGCUUGGCGGGAUAUUCAAGGUAUUCGGAGACACGGCACAAUUAAUGAGCCCACUUGUGCUCAAAGCAAUCAUAUUGUUUGCGGAGGAACGAUCAGCAGCGCGUGCAGCUGAUGCACCCCUCCCGAAUGUCGGCCGUGGAAUUUCCAUGGCUCUGGGUUUGUGGCUAUUGACAAUUACAUCCAGUGUAUGUAUCCAUCAGUUCUUCUGGCGUUCAAUGUCGACAGGGGUCCUUGCGCGCGCCGCCCUUAUUGCGUCUAUUUAUGAGCGCGGCGUCAAUCUCACAGGAAAGGAAAGGGUUAAACUGACAAAUGCAGCUCUGGUAAACCACAUCUCUACGGACGUGAGUAGGAUAGAUGCAUGCGCACAGUGGUUUCAUGCAGCUUGGACUGCGCCGAUUCAAGUGACCAUUUGUCUCAUCAUCCUGUUGGUUGAGCUGGGACCCUCAGCUCUGGCAGGUUUCUCUCUAUUUAUUCUUAUUAUUCCAUUGCAACAACGGAUGAUGGCGUUACAACAUCGGACCCGUCUACGCUCCAUGAUAUGGACAGAGCGAAGGACCAAAAUAUUACUAGAGGUUCUAGAGCUGUUCGAGCUACGCAAGCAGGAGCUGCGGGGCAUUCGUAGAAUCCAGUUCUCGGCGAGUGCAAAUCUCGCGCUAGCAUUGUCACUUCCGGUUCUUGCAGCAACACUAUCGUUCGUUACGUACACACUUACCGCGCACAACAUGAGUCCCGCGGUUAUUUUUUCCAGUCUGAGCUUAUUCCAACUCUUGUGUCAACCGAUGAUGUACAUGCCACGCGCUCUCUCUUUAAUUCCGGAUGCCGCUUCCGCGAUUCAACGGCUAUCACAUAUCUUCCUUGCAGAGCUUAUCAAGGGCGACACUUUGGUAAUUGACAGGACCCUGGAGUAUGCAGUCGUUGUCAGCGAUGCCACAUUUGAGUGGGAGUCGCCCGGAAAGAUCGAUGAAAAGGUUUCCGAUACCUUACUUAGUGACAAAAGAGGUAGUACUCGUGGUGAUAGAAGUGCAAGACCAAAUGGACGACCGAGCCAUAGUGGAAGACAAGGAAAUACGAAAGAAGAGGACAAACUGUUUAAAGAUGCAUCUGUGUUUAAAGUCAGGAGUAUUACCCUGAAUAUCCCCCGCGGUCGGCUUGUUGCCAUCGUAGGUCCCAUAGGAAGUGGGAAGUCGAGCCUCUUACAGGGAAUCUUAGGCGAGAUGAGAAAAGUCUCCGGCCACGUUUCACUUGGCGGAAGGGUAGCAUAUUGUCCUCAGACUGCCUGGAUCCAGAAUGCCACGCUGAGGGAAAACGUACUGUUUGGAAAAGCGUUCGACGAAGAGAAGUACUGGCGGGUGAUUGAAUUGUCGUGCCUUCUCCCUGAUCUGCAGCUAUUACCUGAUGGUGACUUGACAGAGAUCGGUGAGAAGGGGGUAAAUCUAAGCGGCGGUCAAAAACAGCGUGUCAACAUCGCUCGGGCCCUCUAUCACGACCCCGAAAUCGCCAUCUUCGACGAUCCGCUCUCCGCUGUUGACGCCCACGUUGGCAAAUCCCUCUUUGAGGACAUCUUUGUUGGAUCGUUGCGCUCUCGGGGGAUCACCACUGUUCUGGUCACCCAUGCCAUCCAUUUCUUACCCCAGGUCGAUUACAUAUACACAAUCAGUAAUGGAACAAUUGUGGAAAGCGGGACGUACCAAGAGCUUGUCACGAAGGAUGGGGAGUUUGCGAGGUUAGACCGAGAAUAUGGUGGACGAAAGGAAGAUAUCAAGGGCGAAGAUGAGGGAGAAGAAGCCUCCGAGCGCUCUGCCCUACCUCCAAAGACGGUAACUAUCGAAGACGCGAAGCUGAAGUCUUUCCAAGCGCGUGAGGAAGCGGCUGGGGAAGGAAAAGUGGAUGGUCGGUUGAUCAUCAAGGAAGAGCGCAGCACUGGAUCUGUGCCACUCACAGUGUACUGGGCAUACCUGAAGGCCGGGCAUGGUGCUGUCACCCUGCCUCUCGUGCUGCUAUUUAUGCUCCUGAUGCAAACGAGUCAGGUCAUGAACUCAUACACUCUCGUUUGGUGGGAAUCCAAUGCGUGGCAUCGAUCCAACUCCUUUUACCAGACACUAUAUGGAUGCCUGGGUGUUGCACAAGCGAUAUUCACAUUUCUCCUUGGCGCAAGCGUUGAUGUUAUGGGAUAUUUUGUCUCGCAGAACCUACAUCACCAGUCUGUCCAGAAGGUGUUCUAUGCUCCCAUGACAUUCUUUGACACUACUCCACUUGGCAGAAUUCUCGGCAUCUUCGGAAAAGAUGUAGAUACAACGGAUAAUCAGCUUGCUUACUCGCUUAGAUUGUUUUAUCUUGGAUUAGCAUCUGUUCUAGGAUCAGUCGUCAUCAUUUCCAUUCUGGAGCCCUCCUUCGCAAUAGCUGUAGUCUUCGUUGGCAUAGGCUAUGGCUAUUUAGCUGGAUUUUAUUGUACCAGUGCCCGAGAGGUCAAGCGACUAGACUCCAUGCUCCGAUCAUUGAUGUAUGCUCACUUCUCAGUGACGUUUACUGGGCUCCCGACCAUCCGCAGCUAUGGAGAGAUGAAGCGCUUUAUCGCUGCAAACCGAUAUUACAUUGAUCUCGAAGACAGAAGUCUGUACCUCGUAAUCACUAACCAGAGGUGGUUGGUUAUCAGGCUUGACUUCAUGGGUGGCAUGUUUGUGUUUUUCGUCGCAAUUCUUGCAGUUACAGAUGCAUCUGGAAUGAAUGCCGCACAAAUUGGACUGGUUUUGACCUACACUACGAUGCUCGCGGAAUUUGCUUCUCUAAUGGCGAGGCAGGCGGUAGAUGUCGAGAACCAUAUGAAUUCCGUUGAAAGAAUUACUCGGUACACGCAGGAGGGAACAGUUCCUCAAGAAGCACCCCAUGAGAUUCCAGAAAAGCACCCCCCUCUUGAAUGGCCGCAAAACGGAGCAGUUCAGUUUAAAGACGUUCAAAUGAGCUACCGACCCGGGCUGCCACUUGUCCUUAAAGGAGUCUCAUUCUCCAUCGAAGGAAGCGAAAAGAUAGGCGUUGUUGGAAGAACGGGCGCCGGAAAAUCAUCUUUGAUGUUGACACUGUACCGUAUCGUUGAAUUGUCGAGCGGAUCCAUUGUUCUUGACGGUAUUGACAUAUCGACACUCGGUCUCAAGGACCUUCGUACCAAAAUAUCCAUCAUACCUCAAGAUCCUCUCCUCUUCAGUGGGACGAUCAGGUCAAACCUUGACCCUUUCAGCAAGUACGACGAUGCCAAGCUGUGGGAUGCGCUGCACCGAUCUUGCCUCGUAGACUCGCUAUCUGCCGAAGAUGGAGAAUGCGAGUCCAGCGAAGAGACACGCACGCACCGUUAUACACUUGACAGUAUCGUCGAGAGUGAAGGCGCCAACCUGAGUGUCGGCGAACGGUCUUUGCUCAGUCUUGCGCGAGCUCUCGUGAAGGAUUGCAAAGUCGUCAUUUUGGACGAAGCUACUGCAUCCGUUGAUCUAGAGACCGACCAUAUGAUCCAGAAUACUAUCAAAACCGAAUUUCGUGAUCGAACCCUGCUAUGCAUUGCCCAUCGUUUGCGCACCAUUAUUUCAUACGAUCGCGUUCUUGUCAUGGAUGCCGGGAUAGUAGCUGAAUUCGACACACCCUACAACCUGUACCAGAAAGAGGGAGGGCUGUUCCGUGGGAUGUGUGAGAGGAGCCAUAUUACUUUGAAGGAUAUUGAAGCCAGUAGACAUGAAAUGGUAACCAUCGGGCCUGAGUGA